AUGGCGGCGCCCAGCGCGGCCGGCCUGGCGGCGAACGUCUUCCGCUUUCGCGACGCUCGCUCCGCACCGGACCCGGUGCUGGAGGCCGGCCCGGUGGCUUACGGGCCGCUGCCGGUGCCUUUGGUGCUGGACAACGGGUCGUUCCAGGCCCGCGCCGGUUGGGCAUGCCCCAGGUCGGACCCCGACCCUGAGCCGCGCCUGCAGUUCCGAGCGGUGUGCGCCCGCGGGCGCGGCGCGGCACGGGGAGGGCCCGGCCCUCAGGUGGGCAACGCGCUGGGGAGCCUGGAGCCGCUGCGCUGGAUGCUGCGCUCGCCCUUCGACCGCAACGUGCCGGUUAACCUGGAACUGCAGGAGCUGCUGUUCGACUACAGCUUCCAGCACCUGGGCGUCUCCUCACAGGGCUGUGUUGAUCACCCCAUCGUUCUGACAGAAGCGGUGUGCAACCCCCUGUAUUCACGGCAGAUGAUGUCUGAACUUCUUUUUGAAUGCUAUGGGAUUCCCAAGGUCGCCUAUGGGAUAGACGGUCUCUUCAGCUUCUACCACAAUAAGCCCAAGAACUUGAGUUCCCACGGGCUCAUCAUUUCUUCUGGAUACCAGUGUACACAUAUUUUACCCAUCUUAGAAGGCAGGUUAGAUGCUAAAAACUGCAAACGCAUCAACCUUGGAGGAAGCCAAGCAGCUGGCUACCUCCAGCGCCUCCUUCAGCUGAAGUACCCCGGGCACCUGGCCGCCAUCACGCUCAGCCGCAUGGAGGAGAUCCUGCACGAGCACAGCUACAUUGCCGAGGAUUACCUGGAAGAAUUGCAGAAAUGGCGGUGCCCUGACUAUUACGAGGACAACGUGCACAAGAUGCAGCUCCCGUUUUCCAGCAAGCUCCUGGGCAGCACGCUGAGCUCCGAGGAGAAGCAGGAGAGGCGGCAACAGCAGCUGCGGCGGCUGCAGGAGCUCAACGCCCGCCGGCGGGAGGAGAAGCUGCAGCUCGACCAGGAGCGGCUGGACAGGCUGCUCUACGUGCAGGAACUGCUGGAGGAUGGCCAGAUGGAUCAGUUCCACAAAUCCCUGAUGGAGCUGAACAUGGACUCCCCAGAAGAGCUGCAGUCCUACAUCCAGAAGCUCAGCUCAGCAGUGGAGCAAGCGAAGCAGAAGAUCCUCCAGGCUGAAGUCAGCCUGGUGGUGGAUGUGGUAGACAGCAAGCCAGAGGUAAUGGAGGGUGCCCCCUGGGCCAGGCUGAGAGAACAGCCCUUCCCAAGGGCUUGGGGGAAGCUCUUGAGAAGGCUGAUGUCAAGGGGUUGUGACUGGAUUGGGUGUGUGUGUUGGGGGGCUGAAGGGAGUAAAUAUCUUCUAAACCUUGGGCUUUUAAAGCCCGUGUUUAACUUGGCAGCCUAUCACCAGCUGUUUGUUGGAACAGAGCGAAUUCGAGCUCCAGAAAUUAUUUUCCAACCAUCUCUGAUUGGCGAAGAACAGGCGGGGGUAGCAGAAACCCUUCAGUACGUUCUGGACAGGUACCCCAAGGACGUGCAGGAGACGCUGGUCCAGAACGUGUUCCUGACCGGCGGGAACAUGAUGUACCCUGGGAUGAAAGCCAGGAUCGAGAAGGAACUGUUGGCAAUGAGGCCCUUCCAGUCCUCGUUUCAGGUUCAGCUAGCCUCCAGCCCCGUGCUGGAUGCCUGGUACGGAGCCCGAGACUGGGCCCUGGACCACCUGGACAACGACGAGGUCUGGGUCACCAGGAAGGAAUACGAAGAAAAGGGCGGAGAGUACCUCAAGGAGCACCGCGCCUCCAACAUCUACGUCCCCAUUCGCCUGCCCAAGCAGGCCGCCAGCAAGGGCCCCGGGGCCGGCGGAGGGGGGCCCGGGGAGCACGGUUAGCCAGAGAGACUGCCCACAGAGGGCGUCUCUGCCAGAGUGGUGACAACAGUUGGCUGUGAAACGGAUUUCUCCUGGGGAGGACAGCGCAGGCUCCAGGGAGUCACUGUUAGAAUUGUGUUCCCUGUUAGAAUUUUCUGCUCCGGGGAGGCGGUCGGUGGCUUUAUGGCUUUCCAGUGGCUCCCACACAGACGGCCAGCACCCACAGGACUUGUUUGCUGCAUUUCAGAGCCUUUUCCCCCUAAGGUUUAUGUUGUCAGUGUAUAUGUUACUCAGAAAUGUGUGAAAGCCACGCAGGGGAGGCCUCUCAUCUGCCCAGAGAGGCAAUGCUUAUGUAAUAAAAGCAGUCGCCCUUGGGCUCUGUCCUCUUACUGUUUUCAGUCCAAGUAAAGAUAAAAGGUCCUAACCUGUACACGCUGAUAUUGGGGACUGCCCGGCGCCCACGUCUGAAUGGCAGAAGUGGGACGAGCUGCCUCAUUCGUGCUCAGACUGUUGCUGGAAACGUGUCCGCUGCAGGAGACCUUCCUGCACAUUUUGCGUACCCGUGAGUUUGCUGCUCUUGUUUGUUAAUUUUUGUUCAGGCCUGCAGAUGGCAGUGGCUUAUUUAAUGUGGCUUUUUCUCCAGUGCCCACCAAACAACUUUUCCCUGCGUGGGUCUGGUAAGAAGGUGGAGGGAGAUAUACUGAGAGGAUUCACCUGUGAAUGAUUGUGACAGAGUUCCCUGCACUGCCUUUCUGGUAUGUACCAAAAAGAGCCCUCUGAGGAGCAGGAGGAGGGAGCUCAUGACCAGCCUGAGCCUGGAGUGGAACGUGCCCUCUGGACCCUCGAUCCCGGAUCCAGAAGACAGCUAUACCAUCAGAGGAGCAGCAGCAGAACCAGGAGCCAGAGUGCAGGACAUGUGAUGGACUUCCCAACCCACAGAGCAAGUAAAGCUGAGUGCUUUAGUGCGGGAGGCUGGCUGUGGCGUGGGUGCCUCUGGGCACUUAUUGGAGAAGCUGGGCUGGCUGAUCCACGGCAGUGGAGCUGAGUGCCUCUGGCCUGAGGCUCACUGGAUCGGGGUGUCUCUGGGCACUUAAUUCAGGAAGCAGGGUUUUCUGACUCAAGGAAUUUAACCUGAAUGGCUUCAGGUUCAGACUUUGUUCUGGAGUGGUAUGCCUCUGGGGGCAUUUAUUAGCAAACUUGACCGAACUUUGUAACAUUUCUUGACAGCUGAACUCUGAGCAUUACUUGUUCACGUCCUGAAUAAACCCUUCACCAUGA